UUAAAUUAAUUAUAAGAAUUAUUAGAAUUAGAAAUUAUUGGCCGGCUUAGAAAUAAGUUGCGACUGUGAAUACCUGUCCACGAAUCGCGGGCGUAGGCUUAUUAUUAUUUUGCAUGCAUAACGUAUAAUUGCGUUUUGCGAAUAAAUACUAAUGGACUAACAUAAUUCAUACGCGAAACGAAUACACGUGACCACCCGGCGCAUAAUUUACCUUGAAAUGCAAUUUUGAAUUCUUCGUAAACAUGACAUAGCAUGUUUUGUUCUAAUCUCGAUUGUGAAGUACAUAUACUCAAAUCUGAUUGCACUUACACAAUAUCUAGCAGGUAACAGUCUGUAAACAUGAACCGAAUAGUGAUAUUUGGAGCUACAGGAAAUACUGGAUUAUGUGCUUUAAAUACUGCUAUAAACAAAGGAUUAGAUGUAAGGGUGUUUGUGAGGGAUGAAACAAAAUUGCCAGCAAAUGUGAAAGACAAAGUAGAAGUUGUUGUCGGUAAUGUUACAAAUGCAGAACAAGUGUCAAAUGCAAUAAAGGAUAGAGAUGCUGUGGCUGUUGUGCUUGGUACACGAAAUGACUUGAGUCCAACCACUGUGUUGUCCCAGGGCAUGAAAAAUAUAAUAGAUGCUAUGAAAACACAUAAUGUAGAAAUAUUAUCUGUUUGUUUAUCUGCAUUUUUAUUCUAUAAACCUGAAGCAGUACCUGCUAUAUUCAAAGACUUAAAUGCAGACCAUCAACGUAUGUUUGACCUUCUCAAGGAAAGUGGACUAAAAUGGAUUGCAGUAUUACCACCCCACAUUGCUGAUGCACCCAGUUCGAAGUAUGUAAUCAAGCACGACGAAUCUCCGGGCCGUGCAAUAUCGAAACAUGAUUUGGGUGCUUUCCUUAUUGAAAGCCUUCAACAAUCAGAACAUUAUCAAAAAGUUUGCGGUAUUGCAACUGUUUCAUAAAUAACAUAAAAUAUCAUUACAGAUAAAUAAAAAUGAUUCUAUUUCCUUCUCUGGAUAAUGCAUUAAGUGAUGCAUAAGGAAUUAAAAAUUUUCACAUACAAAAACACAGUUUGUGGUUUCUAAUAUCUAUUGGAAUAAAUAUGAUAUGUGUUUUAUGUGAAGAGUAUUUCUGCAUUAUGUAUAAUUAAAAAAAUAGCUUAGUAAAUAAAUAAAUAAUAUGCAUUUUGUAAAGCAUUU